UGGAAAUACAGUUUUACUUAUAAAACUCUUGGUUUCCAGCUUUCUCUCGCAUUGCAGACAAUAUAUACAGUGUCCCGUAUGUUGAUUUCUCAGAGCCGACGCCGUUGCAGUAUGCCGUAUCCAAUGGAUCUGCUUUCCACAUCCCUCAUGGCAAUAUCGACACAUCUCCAUUCCAUAGCCCUACGCUGCAGCAGGCACAGCUGCACGCGCCAUACCCCAUGCUUCAGAAUAUGCAACCACCGCAAUUACACCAGCCCACCGUCGAUGUAAAGAAGGAACAGAAGAAGGCCCAGGCAGAAUCAAAGCCGAAACCGAAGGUUGUUCGCUCGCGAUUGCCGCAGAAUGGACAAAUUCCGGAACGACUUGUCCGUCCUCCGAAUGCAUUUUUACUUUUUAACAAGGAGAUGCGCAAGAAGCUCAAGGAUAAAAAUCCCACCGCCAAAGUCGCUGAGAUCAGUAAAGAAGUCGGCGAGAGGUGGCGGAAUCUCACUCCCGAAGAGAAGAGUAGUUAUCAAUUGCAAGCCAGCCAGCUCAAAGCCAAUAUGCGUGCGGUACAUCCACAUAUGAUGUAUAUUCGUCGCACGAAGGAGGAGCUUGCUCACGCUGGUGUGCAAUCCAAAACAACAAGGCGAGGAGAUAUGGGCGAUGCUGAUCACUUACUCCAUGGCGAAGUAGACCCUCGAUUGCUCAGUCUUGGCGUUCCUAACGACACUGCACCCCGCCAAAAUCGCAAGCGAAGAACUCGUGAAAAGAAUCCCGCAGCACCUAAACAUCCAUUGUCAGCCUAUAUGUGGUACCUUACUGAAGUUCGGCCUGCCACGAUGCAAGAAUAUCCGGGCUCAACGGUGGGACAAAUUAGCAAGAUUAUCGCACUACGCUGGAGACAAAUGGACGAAAAUGAGCGCGCUCCUUGGGCCAUGAAAGCUCGUGAGGACAAAUUGAGAUAUACCCGGGAGAUGCAAGUCUACGCCGCCAAGUGCUCACCGAAUCUAGGCAGAGGAACGAGAAACAAGUAUCGUACAACUGACGCAGAAUUAGCAGCUCUCAAUAAGGCUACCAUCAAAGAUCAACGAAUAGAUACCGAUACGGACAGUCUCUUACAAACGUCACUCGACCCUACCUCAUUACUGGCUGGUCCUUUUGCAGAUGAUGCAUCUUUACAGUCCAAUCCCAUUGACAACGACACUGAUCAAUAUGUGAACGCUGAGUAAUAUAAAUCCCCAUCCAUUAACAGUAAUGUCUUUGUAGCAAUUCCCCACUCUCAGUGUAGUCUCAUAUAUCAUCUCAUCAUCCGCUGUUAGCUUUCAUUGAACCGCAUGUAUCAUAUAAAUCCUCAAAUUCCUCAUGAAUGACAGUUA